UCCACCAUGGCUGCAAGAUUCUUUCUCUUCUUCGGCUUCCUAAUGGUGAUGUGUCAGUUGAUGACCGCAGAGGGAAGAGUUUUGAAGUGCCAGGCUCCAGGAAGGUUUCCACAUCCUGAAGACUGCGGCAGCUACAUAGACUGUAUACCAGUUGGUUCCGACGGUCAACUCACGGCAAACGAAGGUCACUGUUUUGGUUUUCCCUAUUCCUCUGCCGAUCGUCGCUGUGUUUCCCAUGAUCAGCACCCGGGAUGCAAAACUAAGAAAUCAAGAAACAGCAUCCCACUACCAGGUCUUCAGUUCCUGUGUGAAAAAAACAAGCCCGUAGGCUGCUACCACUGCAAGCUCGCCUACAAAUGCAUUGAUGGUACCCCGUAUGUCUCCUUGUGUCAACACACCGAGACAUGUUUAGAAGAUGAAGCUUUUGGAGGAGGAGCAUGCUUGCCAUAUGGUUUCCCAUCAGUUAAUGAUAGAUGCAUUUGUACGGGAACGGGGUUAAUGUCUGAUAGUUAUAAUGAUACUUAUUACAUUUAUUGUGACACAAGUGCUAUUCCUGUAACCAUGGAGAUGUUUGAAUGCCCAGAAGGCAAGACCUUCACAAGUUCUAGUAACACCUGUGAGGGCUUCGCACGGCCUCCACAACACUGGGAAACACCAGAAACUCCUCUUUGCGAUGGACCGUCAACCACCAGAGUCAACCCCAACAACUGCAGCUUCUCUUACACCUGCCUUCCUGACAACACCACCAGAUCGUCCUACUGUGGUAACAGAAGUUAUUUCAACCAGGACACCGGCAGGUGCGAAGACAAGUGUUCCUUUGUCACCACUGUAUCUUCUGAUGCUAUCUUAUGCCCAGAACGAGGAAAUCUGAAUCAUCCUACAGAUUGCACUAAAUAUUAUGUCUGCUUAAACAAAUACGAAGCACCGUAUGCCUUGCAGUCAUGCCCAACUGGACACUUUGACUUCAUAACGCAAUCUUGCGUGUCAGGGCCUCUUCCUCCUGAGUGUGCGGUCUUCACUUACAGUAAGUGUCCCGGACACGAUAUGUUGGUGUGUUAGAGAAGCCUUGAUAAUUAGACACGAUGUCCUUAAUGAGAAGACAUAAUAAUGUCUUCGUUGGUAUCAGAAACGAGAACCAGUGUAAUAGCCUAAUCUGCUGUAAAUAUUGCUUAAAGCUUCAGUACAUUUUAUUAAUUAUGAAUGCAUCUAGCUAAUAAAUUGCUGGACCAUUUACAUUUCAAGCUGACCUAGUGUUUGCCAAACUUGAUUAUUAUAUUAUUCUCAUCAAUAAUUUUCUAAGAUUUUAACCAAUAAAUACGAUAAUUAAAAUCUACUACAUAUAAUAAUAAG